GAGAGAGAGAGAGAGAGAAAUGUACUAAAGAUCGUGUCUCGCAGUAACUGAGUGAAUGGACCGCGGCGACUUGCACCGUUGAUGUUAUUUGUUAAAGAACAACUGCUCCUCUGGCACUUGGAUUUCCGUGCGCGAAACGUCCGUGAGUGUAACUAGAAACUGCGAAAUAACGGGGUUACAGUGACAGGAAAUGUCGAACAACAGCACAGCCAGUAUUUCUCAGGCCAGAAAAGCAGUAGAACAGCUGAAGAUGGAAGCCUGCAUGGAAAGAAUGAAGGUAUCAAAGGCAUCAGCUGAGCUGAUGGCUUACUGUGAUGCUCACCUUAGGGACGAUCCACUUAUCGCCCCACUGCCUGCUUCUGAAAACCCAUUCAGGGAGAAGAAGUUCUUCUGCAUCAUCCUCUGAUAGUGAUCAGUUGGGUUUGGGGAGGACAGGGCGUGGGGUGUGGAGUGAAGCAAGAACCACUGUGUUUGAACGGAAGAUCACAGGCGUUGGGAUUGUCACAUGUGCAUGCUAUAAUUAUUGCUCCAGUUCUAGGGGGAUGAACCCUACUGAGUGUUUUACGUUUACUAUAGUUGUGACAACACAGACUUGUUUCAAUUGCACAAUCACAAAGGAUUUAAAAGUAACUUCACUUUUUAAAAGAAACAUAGGUAUUUAGAUGACUUUUUCUAACUAGAGCAUUUCUUGUUUUGUAUGUUAAAUAUAAAAUGUUAAAAGCACAAUUGCCUGGUGGCAGCAAGAAGUAGUGGCUUUGGAGAGAAGUUAUGCAUGUCCAUUCUAUUUUUACAGAUUAUACAGUGGAGAUUGAACAACAGUAUUAAAUGUGCAUGGAAAGAGAAAA